AUGGUUGUUGUGUUGGUAACUGGUGUUUGUGGAAGUGGAAAGUAAGUGAUGACUUGAAUUUAAUUUCAUUUUCAACCCUUAUACCUUACUACCACCCAGGGGUGCAAGAAGUGGGGGUGGGGCAGGUUGGGGCUACUCUAGGAAUUCUUAGGUGGGGUUCAGCUGCUGAGACCCUGUACCAAACCAUUUCAAACUGCAAUUUAGGUACCAUAUUCUAGACCAAAAGUUCCAAAUUAAAGUUCUUGUCAUAGCAAGCCCUAGGAUUUCACAGUAACGAUCGUUUCCGGUACUAUGUUGUUACUGUGGUAUUAAAAUAACUGAACCGAAAAAAACAUUUCCCGGUGACAUUUACAGAAGUAGGGUUCAAUUUACAGAAAUUCACUAUCCCCACUCAGAUUCUUAACUAGAAGAGCAAUUUUAUUCUUAGUUAUGAUUCAGGUUAUGUAUGAAACUAAAAUGUUGAUUACCAUCUGUCAUCUUUCUAUCGUUCACCAUCUUGAAUUGUUACCAAAGAAUAUUGAACAUUGCUGGUUUAUGGCCUCCAGGGCCAAGAAAAAAAAUAUAUGACUUCCAAAAAUUGAAAACAUUUAAGAGUUCGGUUCAUUCCCUUGAAUUUUUGAGUGGAACCAAAAAAUUGUUACGAAUGCUUUCACAUGAUCCCUGGGCACGGAAACAAAAAAUUGUUUUCCAUGGAAAUUGAAAUCCUAGGGUUUAUCAUACUCCAGACUCACUAAGAACCAGAAACUUGACUUUUUAUACUACUGGUCAAUUAAAAAUGAAUGACAUGCUAUCCUAGACCAAAAUGCUUUGAUUUCUAUACCCUAUCUCAAACUUUACUGCUUGAAAACCCUGCCAUGCAUACUCAACUCGGAUUACAACUCUGACCACUCUGUUAGUUCAGGCCUACUAGGCUCAAACCCUUGCUAGACAAUGAACAAAGGUCUCAAAAACCUGAUCAGGGCAUGCUGGUUGUGAUAUAACACCCUGUGUUAGUUCAUAGUUUGCAGUUCAUUGUGCAGUGAUGUCAAGCUUUUGGCAUUGUCUCCUCAUCUCCAGCUAUCCAUUUACAAUGGAUGUAAAAGAAAACACAGCACUAUUCUUUUCUAUUUUAACAGUCUUAGGGGUAAUGCAAGGGGUGGAAUAUUCUGCCCCUUUUUUCUUCCAAAAAAGCCUGAUCUGCAUAAAUAAUCUACUUUCUUCUAUUCUACAGAACGACAGUAGCUCGUGCCUUGGCAAAAAAGGUGGGUGUCUACUGCUGUUCGUUGUUAAUUUUUUUCUUUGGGCAUCUUAGUACCUUUAUAUUAAAAGCUAUCAUUCAUAUCAAUGGUGGAUGCAGCUGGGUUUUGUUACAUUCUUGCCAGUGGAUAAGUUAAAGGAACUCUUGAUGACAGUCAUUGUUUGGAACUAUGCUCAUUAAUUUUCCUGCUUUACACUAUUGAAAUUAACGAUAUGCAAAUAAUAUUGCCUUGUCAGGUGACAUAUAUAUUUUACAACAGGCAAGUUUGAUGACUGCAAGUUACUCAAACAAAGGUCUUUUUUCUGUUGCCAAUACAUUCAUUACUAAAUGAAAUAUUUAGUAAUUCCUCGCUGCACUCCUGACAAAUUUGGAAGUGAAUUGUCAAGAAUCUUAUUUGUUAUUGGGAGAGUCCAAGCCCUACAAUAGAUUUCAAUUUAUCCUCAGAUGCUUUAGAUUUGCUGUGAACUCCAAAAGCAAAGAUAUUACCCACCCCACCCCAUAGAGGGUUACUGGGAAAUUGGAGGGGGAGAGGGCUGGUAUAUGUUAAACCAACAUUUAUGCAAAGAAAAAUUUUCAGAGGGGAUGAGGGUGGAGGGUCAAUCCAAUAAACUCUCCAUGAGGGAAAAUGGAAUUUUUCUGGUCAUGGAGCAAGGCAAUAUAUGUACUGCUUUACAGUCACAUGCUUAAUACCAACACCUCAUAAUUUGCUGUGGAACCCUGUUAAUAAGGUCACAAAUGGUUAAAAAAAUGUGGCUGUAUCAACGGGUUGGCCAUAUUACCGAGGCAGGGUUAACUUUCAUGAUUUGAGGCCGUAAUGACAAAACUACUCGGAACUUUUCUUCCAAACAUAGCACACUUUUAAAAAUCGGCUAUUAAAUCUCCAUGAAUGCAUUUUCGUCUAAAAACAAAACAAGAACAGGCUCAGCUUACUAGGUCAAUGAAAUUGACAUGUCACAGGCUUUUGAUUUUCUAAAUUUCGAAUGAGUGGCCGUAUUAAUGGGGUGAAGUUAUGAAAGAUUUUACUGUUUGGGAUUUUUAUUAAUGAGUGGUGGCAGUAACCAGGAUUUUUAUAAGAAAAUGUAUGGCCUUUUUGUCCCUGAGGAAAGAACACCUUUACAUUUUCUCUAAUUUCAACCAACUUAAUAUGGACUUUUUCUUUGACCCCCUCAGUGUCCGUAUUAACAGGGUUUGGCUGUAUCUGUGCUAACCAAAGAGAGUACAUGUAAUGGACCUCAUAAUGUAUUUCACAGGAAAUCAGCUAGCCAGGUAGCCUUGCAAUGAAAUGCAUGGAUCCUUUAUCUUAAAAAUCUGGAUUUAGAUUUGAUCUGACUAGUGAAUUUUUCUGGUGUGUGGAUUCUUCAGAUUCAAAAUCCUCUUUCAGACUUUAGUAAAGAAGUGUAAAAUGAUUUUUAAGUUUCAAGAAUGCAGACUGGGUUUUUCUCAAAGGAACAAACCUUUUGAAAUUGCUGAUGUUUCCUCUCUUACUAAUCUGCAUUCACUCACUUUUGACAGUUAUCAUGCCCCUAUGUGGAUGCUGAUCAUUUCCAUUCAGCAGGGAAUAUCACAAAGAUGAAACAGGGAACUCCCCUGACUGAUGAGGUAAACAUAGUGGCUUUCGUUACUUUUAGGCAGCUGUUGUUCUACAGAGGAAAACAAGUACAUGUAAGUGCGUGAGAAAAGUGACAAGUUUAUACGAGGAAAAAAAAUGAUGUCGUAUGUCCAACAACUAAGAAUGGAAAAAGAGGAAAUACUGGUCAUUUCUGGAACCAUCUAUAUCUUUCAGCCACAAAAAUCCAAUUCGGGAAAGUAUACUCAUUUCUUAAUUUUUAUUUAUUUAUUUAUUUUUUUUGGGGGGGGGGGGUGGGGGGGGGAUUUUAGCCAAUUUACUGUAGAUUGAAGGCAGAAUAAUAGAGCAAAUAACUAAAAAAGAUUCAUGUUUUUUUCUUUUGUUGUACAUUCUACAUUAAAUGUAGAAUGUACAACAAAAGAAAAAAACAUGAAUCUUUUUUAGUUAUUUGCUCUAUUAUUCUGCCUUCAAUCUACAGUAAAUUGGCUAAAAUCCCCCUAAAAAAUGACGAGUUUAUGCGACAACGUGAUGAAUGUAUACGACAAAUUUUGUCGUAUACAUUCAUCACGUUGUCGCAUAAACUCGUCAUUUUUUUUUCCUCUAUAAAGCGGCAGUCCCCUAGAAGUAACCGAAGUCAACAUACCGGUAAUCAACAAGGGCAGGCAGAGGGGGAAAGGGAACUGAAAAGCAUAAACAGCAUAUAUAUAAUAUUAUAUUGUGACUUAUUUUUUUAGCCAUGAUUAAAAUUUUGAAAUCAGAUGAAAUACAACUCCACACAUCAACAUGUACAACAUGUAUAUUUGGAAGAUAUCAUUGAUCUGUUUAUGUGAACUACAAAUUGUGCAUAAUAAUUUAAUUGUGAUACAAAAAAGUUUCCUUUAUGCACGGAAAAGCCUGAGCCAUUAAGAGAAAACAUGUUAUCAGAUUUCCCUGACUUGCUGAAGUAAGGAACUUUAAAAGUACUUGCGUGCACCAUUAGGCAGUUUUCCCAAGAACCUUUCUCAUCGUCAUGAAAGAUAUUAUUCACUGGGGAGAAUAUUUAUAAAGGGUUUCAUUUAUUGUUUGUCCGACGAUUGUCACUUAGAUAUUGAUUGCAACAUUUCAACCUUGACUGCAGGUCAUCAUCAGGUUGAAGUGUCGAUUUACUAAGUAGGACUAUUUGUACCACCAUGGUUGUUGGUGAUUGGUGUCCAACAAAUCUUGCUCUUUUUCGGUGGGCUUCAAUCUGAAGCAUUGUGGCAUUAUGAGAGGGGGAAACUGUUCCCUGAAUGGUCUGUUGUGGUAGCGACCAGCUGCUAUGUUGUUUGAUUGUAAGCAUCCACGCUUCAGGAGUCUCAAUUCCAUUGUCUUUGUUGAUGGUGUUAAAGUAAAGUCUUAAGUGAUUUAAGCCUCUUUAACUCCAGGAGAGUACCAGUGAGGGUCUCUAUCAAUAAACUUAACCUCGUCCCAGAGUGGAUAUUGCCAUUUACAUUUUGUGUUGUUUUUGCACUCUUUUUUCCCUGUCUAACUGCUUGUCAUAGGUCUUGUUUUGCCUUAGAAAGGCUUCAGUCUUUGUUGGGGACUCUCACCGGCACUUUUGAGUUAACCACCAUUAAUAUAAGCUUCACUAAAUUUCACUAUCCAUUUUUACAGGACAGGCAACCUUGGCUACUUGCCUUAAAUAAAGUGAUUGAAAGGUAACAUAUAUAUCUCUAUAUUGUUAUAUUAUUAUAUCAUUUCAGUUGUGGAGAUGACAGAGUGCAAAGAAAAUCAUUUUUACAGCUUGCCAUUCCGGCCAGCUGAGGCUAGCAUUUACCCAGACGUCAUUUCAACUAGCCCCAAAAACUUUUUGGCUAGAAGAAUUGAUUUCACUGUUCUUCUGUUAUUCGAAUUCCUCAAAAAACAUCACUUGACCGUCGGGCAAGUUAAAAACAGAAUUCACUAGCCCGAUGGCAAAAUCCACUAGCUGUCUGGGCUAUCGGACACUACUUUCUUUGCACGCUGAGAUGAGUUUUGAUUUUAAGCUCUUGAAUCUCAUGUUGUUUGCAAAUAGCUAGAUGACAGCCCAAGCUGCAAGCAAUGUGCAAGCAAUGUAUGAAUUAAAUCUUAAUUUUUGAGUUACAUUUAUCUACAGUUGUAUUGUGUAUAUAAAUUUGUAAGGAUCACUUUUGUUUUCUAAUAUUUAAUAUUAAAGCAUACCUUACAUUGACAGUAAUGAAUUAAGCUUUUCCAGUCAUACAAUCUCUAGGAUUUUUAUAUGUUUUUAUCAUUGCCUUUUUACACAAAAACAAAGAAAUAAGAUAAAAAAAUUGUGCCAGAACAUGUAGAUAAGGAGGCAAAGUGACACUUUUAGAGUCUUGUACUUCUAUCACUUCCAAAUAAUUUGUGAAUUCAUAUAGUGUGCCUUGUAAUUAAAUUCAGAUGANUUCUUUGCACGCUGAGAUGAGUUUUGAUUUUAAGCUCUUGAAUCUCAUGUUGUUUGCAAAUAGCUAGAUGACAGCCCAAGCUGCAAGCAAUGUGCAAGCAAUGUAUGAAUUAAAUCUUAAUUUUUGAGUUACAUUUAUCUACAGUUGUAUUGUGGAUAUAAAUUUGUAAGGAUCACUUUUGUUUUCUAAUAUUAAAGCGUGCCUUACAUUGACAGUAAUGAGUUAAGCUUUUCCAGUCAUACCAUCUGUAGGAUUUUUACACAUUUUUAUCAUUGCCUUUUGACACGAAAACAAAGAAAUAAGAUAAAAAAUUGUGCCAAAACAUGUAGAUAAGGAGGCAAAGUGACACUUUUAGAGUCUUGUACUUCUAUCACUUCCAAAUAAUUUGUGAAUUCAUAUAGUGUGCCUUGUAAUUAAAUUCAGAUGAAACUUGUUUGGUAGCACUUUCAUAUCAAAUCACCUUGAUGAAAUGAAUCAGAAUUUAUUAAGUUUUUGUUUUCUGUUGUGGUUCUAAUUAUUUUAUCCUUGGUUCAAGUUUACUCUCCCUUGGUUCAGUGAAUAACCCUAUCUAAACAUAUCCAAGAAGAAAGGAAAACAAAGUUUGAACCUAAUUUCAACCACAGCACAAUUUAAUGUUCACUCUUACAUGCAGAUAUUUAACUUACAUGUAUUUGAGCAUUUACAUAGGUAUACCUUGUUUUGAAAUUGGCUGUAAUUGGAGUGAAAUAGAUGCAACAACAAGUGAUAAAGAUCUGGAUUGUUAAACAACUUCCUGGAGGGGAUACUUGGGGAAUUUUUGGUGGGACAUGCCACUUGGACCCCAGAACCCUUGCCAGCUAAAGCAGACUUAGUUCAGCUAACUUUUGCUAACCUAUAUGAGACAAAACUCCCGAAAGCGCUCCCUAUUGUUAAGUCUCUACUUUCCAGAAACAAACUACCAAAGUCAAAACUUUCUUUGCUAUUAAACUGAGAAGCAGGUAGAUUUAAAUUUUUUGAUUGUCAAUUCCUGGUUUCUCUAGUGUAGAAUAAAAUCUUCAACCGAUGCCGGUAAAUUGAUCAGUUUUCCUCCAAUUUCUGUACCCUGUAGAAUAGUUGCUUGAACAAUCACACAUUCUAUAUAGCCCAUAUAUGGCAAUACCCCCUCCCCAGAGAGCAAAAUAAUUCUCCUCCACAUUACCAAGGGAAAUAUGUGGAGAACAGUGCACAGAAUAAAUUAUGGAUUUUGGUGUUAGAUUUAUUGUAAAUUGUUAACUUUUGGGUGCCAUCAACUCUUAGGUGGAACAAGCGAUCUGAAUCAGGAGUACUUGCUUGUUCAGCCCUCAAGGAACAGUAUAGACAAACAAUUCUUCUUGGAGCGGAAGCAGCCUCUGAAAAUAAACACUACUGUUCAAAUGGUGACAAGAGACAAAAGCUGUCCAGACCAUUGCCUUUCUGUUGUCUUGUUGUCCUUCUUCAUGGCUCAAAGGACUUGAUAAAGGAAAGAAUGGAGAAGCGACAAGAACAUUUUAUGCCCUCUGAUUUAUUGGACUCGCAGUUUGAAAGUCUCGAGGAACCAGAUAACUGUGAAAUGUACUCUGUCAUAAAGGUAGCAGUGGAUCAGACUGUUGAAGAAAUUAUCAAUGAAAUUUUGCGAGCCUUAAAGGCUAAAUAUGGAAUCAGGGUAUCGAUACACAGUACUGUCUGA